UUCGUUUUUAAAUCAUUGAAAUUAAAUUGUGAACGGGAUUUCGUGCCUGAUUUUCAAAAUCUCCGCGUCUUGUCGAAAAGGCGAUUUGAAUGAAAAAUCCUAGGAUUCACGGUUUCGGACAGGACGUUGUAGUUAUCCCGUCGUUGGCUGGAAGGUGACUUAUGUUUAAUAUGAAAAAUGGAUAUUUAGAGGGAAGAUAGCCGAUAGGGGAAGGAAUUCGAAUAACUCCCGUUAGUGUUUCGUUUUUCGACUUUUGGUGCGGUGAUGAUAUCCGGGGUCUGUUGUCCCGUGACGGAGAGGAGGCUGCGGCCCAUCUACGACUCUUUGGACAACGGAAACAACAAAAAAGCACUGCAGGAAGCUGAGAAGGUGUUGAAGAAGCAGCCGAACCUUCAAUGCGCCAAGGUGCUCAAAUGUCUCGCUUUGUUGCGGAUGGGUAAAAAGACUGAGUGCACCGAACUGCUUGAAGUGAUCAAGAACGAGUCGCCGGUGGAGGAGUCGACGCUUCAGCUCAUGACGGUCUGCUAUUGGGAUAUCAACAAGCCUGACCUCAUAUGCCAGCUGUACGAGAACGCUUCGAAGAAGGAUCCUUCCAACGAGGACAUCCUCAACAACCUGUUCCUCUCUUAUGUGAGAAUAGGCGAUUACAAGAAACAACAACUCUCCGCUCUCGCCCUAUACAAAGUUAUUCCAAAGAGCCAGUAUUUUUUCUGGGCCAUUAUCAGCAUCCUGCUGCAAGCCGUGGACAGGGUGUCCGAUUUGAUAUCCGUUUUCUCUGAGCCUGUUUACAGUCCUCAUUUAUGUGCCAAAGAUCGCCCUUAUGUUUACAACUACCUCUCAGACAAGAAGAUCGAGGACCAAAAAAAACUGGUCAAUGUGAAAGUCGCAGAGAGGAUGUUGGAAAAGUACCUUGAUAAAGAAAAAUUGAAUUCUGAACACGAGUUGUUGGUGUAUAUGGCCGUGCUGGACUUGCUUGACAAACACGAACAAGCCCUCGCCGUUUUGGAAUCCCAGGAAUUGAGUUCACUCUUGGACGAAUCGACGAUUUUGAAUCUGAAGCUGUCGUUUUUAGCCAAGCAAAGAAAAUGGACCGCCAUAAACAUCCUUGUCAAGCAAUACCUAGAGGAAGGUUUAGACGGAUGGAAUUAUUUUCUCUAUUACAUAGAUUCUGUGUACGAAUUGAGUAAAGAAAGCCAAGAUGACAGUGAAUUUUUGAAAGCCCAGCAGUUUAUUGAAACAUUAGCGAAAGAAAGUACAGGCUGGAAGAAAAGAGCCCCUUACAUCGCCAGACUUGAGCUAUGUUCCAGGUUUUCCAAAUUCACAAAUGUUUUAAAUUACCUGGUGGAAUAUUUUAAAGAGUAUGGGACCAAAGAAGUGUGUGUUCACGACCUCAAACCGUAUUUGCAUCUCCUCUCAAACGAUAAUUGCAACGAGUUCCUUCGUUUGAUUUGGGAACCGACUAAAUCUGUCGACUCCACCAAAUCAAGGAUGGAAUUUCACAUCUGUCACGAAGAAUUUGCAAGAGUGAUGGCCUGCAAAAUGUGCGAUAGAAGACUGUAUGUUUCCCAGUUGGUCCAAUGUUUUAUAGAUGCGCUUCAGUUUAAUACCAAUAUACCGUCUACAGAAACGAGAUCCAGCGACCGUUAUGCACUUUUGGCCUUAUUUACACUGUACGAUCUGUGGUUGGACACAUCAGUCAGUGAUUACCUGAUCGAAGGGGUCACACUUUGUCAUUACGCUCUACUUAAGAGUCCCUCCAACAGUCAAUUUAAAUUACUUCUCCUUAAAUUUUCUCAUCUGCUAGGCUGCUCAGAAAGUGCACAACUUGCAUAUGUAUUUCUAGACAUUAAACAAAUGCAGUUAGAUACACUCGGAUAUUUACAUGUUUUUCCUUUAAUAUAUCACGCUUCUUACACGAACGCAACUGCUAUUCUCCUGUCUACGCUAAAAUUUUUCAAUACAAAUAGAAAAGAAAGUGCCGACCACAUAGCUCACGCUUAUAAAUAUGAUGCAUACACAAAAAUACCAGAAAUAAUUUCAAUCAAAGAAAAGUUGAAUAAUUCUAUUCAUUUCUAUAUGGCGCAAGUUGAACGGAUGUUGUUGUUGAUCUUCCUUUCUGAAACUUAUGUUAGUACUCUGCUAAUAAUUAGAGAUUUUGCUGUUGACCCUGAAGUCGAUAAAAUACCUUGGAUGUAUCUUGAGGACAACCGCGAUUUGAAUGUACUGUGGGAUCUGGAGCCUAAAGACCGUUCUCUUACUCAGGAAGAAAUCGACGUGAGCCACAAUUUGGACCUGACUUAUUUGAGUUUGAGAAGUCGCCUUCUAAGGAUGAUAAUCACCAGCAUCCACCUUGGUUCUGCAAACGUCGAGAGUAUGAAAGAUUUUGAAGGAUCGGAUGACAACGGCAGUACCAGUUCGUUCAUCUCUUUAAAAAACAUUCUAAUAAAUCUAAUAAAACAAAUGGAACAAGAUUUGGAAAAACUGAAAAACAAUCCACCUAAGCUUUGCCUUAAAAAACCUUCAAUAGCUUCACCUCCGAAAUCCAGACUGCCUUUAAUUCAUAGUCAGAAUUAUUUUGAUAUUGUCUUAAACGCGAUGUGGUUCCUUUUGAGCCUCAUCCCUGGAACGGUACCUGGAAAAGAUGUAGGAGAAGAAGCGUGUAAAUACAGAUUAGGCGUUAUUAUGGUGCUAUCGGAACAGUUUGCCUUGUCGUUUUCUAUCAGGAGCCUAGAAGUGGAAAAACGAUUGGAAAUGAUUGAAAUCUGUUCGCUCUUUGUUGAAAUUGCUUCUGUAUCAUGCAUCAUAGUGGGGGUUUGUGAUGUGAUACUGUCAAAAAUGAAGAACAUAUUAACAAAAAAAAGUAAAAAGAAGAAAGAUGGAAUGCAAAAGGUCGACUUGCCGAGCGAACUAGAGUGGCGCACAAACAUGUUGAAUAAAUUCAUCGUUUAUGCAUCAGACACGAUAAAAAGUAUGGAUUGUGUUUUAAAGUCUGAAGAAAAGAUGUUAAAGAGCGAAAUAUCUAAAUAUGGUGUUUUUCAGCUUUAUGAUUUAAUUAAAGAGAAAAAAGAUGAAAGUUAUGAGAUCAAUCAUAAAGAAUGGUCCGAUUUAGAGAACAUGUCUAAAACUAUAAAUGAAAAAGUUAUUAAUAGUCAUACCACUUCUGUAAAUAAUAUGUCAAAUGUAUUAAGGUCGAAGCUGAAAUAUUUAAGUUCGUUAAAAAUAUAACAGUUGUUCCUUAAAUGUUAUCUUUUCUAUUUGUAUAGACUUAUUUUAAACAAAAUAUUACAAAUUUUCAAUAACUUUGAA